AUGGUGUCGUUGGUGAGGUGGGAACCAAUUGUGGAUCCAACAUAUCCCUCGGCCAUCAAGUUUUGGGUUCUCCUGAUGGGGAUUCUAAUCUAUUUCUGGGCGGAACCCACUUUCCGGUGCAUUGGUGAAGCCAUCAUAGAAGUUUUGGAGGGUAAACAAUCAAAAAGGAUGGAAAAAGGAGCAAAAGAGCCUCAAACCAUGAUCCAUGCAAGUUUCCAAGUCAAGAACAUCAUUUUAUCUCCAAGUGUCAAUUCUCGCUAUCGAGCAGGAACAAAGCUUCGGAAGUUUGGCCGCGAACGGAGGAGUUCCCGACGUCCAAAAGUCACGAUCUUGAUAUGGAAAGAUAGAUACUUGAGUCAUGCAUCACGUCGAAGUGGAAUGAAGUCAUUUGGAUCCACCAUCGGGCCGGAACUUAUUUUCUACCGAGACAUGUCCGGUUAG